AGUAUCUCACAGCCAACAUGAAGUUCUUGAUCCUCGCCGCUGUGGCCGCCGUGGCUGCCGCCGUCCCCCAGGGAUACGGUGCUCCCCCUCCUCGCUACGCCUCCAGUGAGGAGAUCGCUAUCUUGAGGGACGACCGUGUGAUCGAGGACGACGGAAGGUACAACUUCGACAUGGAGACUGCCAACGGCAUCGUAGUGUCGGAGCACGGCACUCCCGGAGAUAAGGGAGCCAUCAACAGCGCUGGUUCCUUCUCAUACACCGCUCCUGACGGAACUGACGUCCACCUCCAGUACGUUGCUGAUGGGAACGGUUUCCAGCCUCAGGGCGCCCACCUGCCAGUGGCUCCCGCGUUCCCCCACCCGAUCCCUCAGUUCGUCCUCGAUCAGAUCGCCUUCGCCGCUGAGGAGGACGCCCGUAACGCCAAGAGGCCCUCAGGCACCUACGGCGCCCCCCAGUAAUUAAAUUUUAAUACUGUGUAGGUGUCUUUGCGAGAUUGUUUACAUGUAAGAAUAUCUAUAAAAGAAUAAACUAUUUAUUUUAAAGGCAAAAAGUGUAAAACUUCCUUAUCCAUCUCUGUUCAACUGAUUUUAUGAAUCGUUGUAAUUACAAGGACACACACACUUACCCACACACACACACACACACACACAGACACACACACACGCGUACGUGUGUAAGUGUUUGUUGAUAUACAAAGCAAAAUAUGUGACUAUAUACUGUAUGUUAAUACCUGUAAAUGUAUGUGUAUAUCUAUUUAUAAUUAUGUGAAGAAUGAAUAUGGACUCUGAGUUACUACCAUUUUGCUAAUUUGCAAAAAAAAAAAAAAAAAAAAAAAAAAGUAUAUUGCCCCUUUUCAAAAUUCGAAAUAAUUAUUACAGUUAGAGAACCAAAUAUGCCCUUCCUUCCGUAUAUAUCUUAGUGGGAUUAUUGAUUUGUUUACCGAUUUAUAUAAGCACAGACGCUUACGUCAAGGAGCAUACCAAAUUUCUGUUUUGUCCAUUUUUUUUUACGGAAAAUCUGGGUCAUAUAGUAACUUUCAUCGUCAUGAAACCUUGUACUAUCGGCUUAGUGCGAAAUUAGACAGAUUUUCCAUAGCAUUUCUCAUAUAUACAAUGUAUCUAUCUACCUAUAUGCGCGUGUGUGUCUGUGUGUGUGUGUGUGUGUGUGUGUAUGUGUGUGUGUGACAAAUGUAUAUGUGGUUAUUUAUUUCAAUUCGAUAACCUUAACUAAAUUAUACGAUUUUAGUAAAG